CGACGACGACGACGACGACGACGAGGACGGGGACAAUGACAAUGGCAAGCGAGUCCACGUCCCCAAAAACGGACGACCGUCAGUGGCGCGACACCACCAGCAACGUCGUGCUGCGAUCGUCCCUCCUUCGUGGCGGCCGUUAAAUCGGCGUGGGUCGAUCGAGAGCCGGGGAGAGUAGGGAGAGGAGGAGGCGAUUUUUAGCCGGCGGAGGGAACAGCGGGAGAGAGCAAGAGAAAGAGAGAGAGAGAGAGAGAGAGAGAGAGAGCGUGUUUCCUCCUCGAGGCCGAUUAACAGUUGGCCCGAGGGACGCGAGGCGAUCGAGUCGGUUUCUUCGGUGCGUCCGCGAGCCUCGGCCUCGGCCGAGGCGCAAUAAAUAUCGACCACGGGAGUGGAGGCUUAGCGAUGCGAAAAGUGGACCAUUCGAUCGGGCCACGUCAUAUCUCCUAGCGCCCGGCAUCGUCGUCGAAAAGGCGCGAGGAUGCAUUACGAUCGCGACAUGUGCACGUUCCCGGGGGGGGUAAGCUCGUGCGCUUCCGAUUAUCAGCGCGCGUAGGCCCCCCGGGGGGUCAGAUUCGCGCGCUCAUAGCCGCCGUGGUAGGUUCCUCGCGAUUCAGAACGUGACGUUGUGGUGCGGUACGUCGGUUUUUCUUUUCGGAUCCUGUCGAAAAAAUGCUGGGCGGGGGCUGAGGAGAACGUCGGUAGGAGGGUGCGAUUAUAUACCAGCGUACACGACGACGACGCUACAAAAUAUAUAUAUAUAUAUCAUUUCGAAAUGUCGGGGUACAUAGAAAUGUAUAACAUCAAUUCUCUAUAGUUCCUGUCAUGAAUCAUUUUGAACUAUGGCCAACGGUUCAUCUAUAGUAGUGCUAGAAGUAUCGGUAGUAACGCGGAUCUCCCGGUAUUUCGACAUGUAUAUUGAUGAACGUUCCGGAAUCGCUGACACACGGUAGAUACGAUGAUGCAUUUAUGGCGGUGCCAACACAGUGAUAGUGUAAGGUGAUAGUGCUCAUGCGACGCAUUGCACUUUUCGGAUGUCCUACCGCACUGCUGUAACGCAGUAUUAAUAUAUUAAGUGGGCGUGCGGGGGUGACUGGAGUGAUGGGAUGGGGCCAGAGCCCCAUGGAGUUCGGGUAGACCCGUCUCCGGCCCAGCUCCCCAGCCCCCUCCGCCAUCGAUAUCGACACCGCUCCUGCCAGCGACGCAGAGGGCCGCCUCGAUCGCGAUGGAGGCCUCUAGCAAUCAACAACAAAAAGAGAAGGAGCCACGCGUUCAUAGGCCUUACGCCUUCGACAAGAUGGAGGGACUGGUGCGGGAGAUGCAAGACCCUGAGAGCGGGGUACCCGUGCGCAGCCAAAAACAAUUUCUCACCUCGAUCCCCUCAGCGUUCAUGGGUGAGUGCCAUCGGUACCUGCGUUGUGGAGUAAGCGUAAGCGGCCAUCACGGCCAGGACACUACAGUAGGCUGCCUGCGUGUUGCAGGUUACGACCUCAUCGAGUGGCUGAUGGAGCGGCUUGCCAUCGAAGAAUCAGUAGAGGCGGUCCAUAUUGCUAAUCAACUAUGCCAGUAUGGCUACUUCUUCCCGGUGAAUGACUCCAAGACACUUACUGUUAAGGACGAUAGCUCUCUGUAUAGGUUUCAGACACCCUAUUAUUGGCCGUGGCAACACAGAACCCCCGACAACGUGGAGUACGCGAUCUAUCUGGCUAAACGAACUCUAAGGAACAAACAACGUCACGCUCUCGAGGACUAUGAGACCGAAGCUCUGAACAGCCUGCGCAAGAACUUGCAGAACAAGUGGGACAUAAUACAGCUACAAGCGGAAGAACAGGCUCAGGUACGCCUGUCCAAGGAGCGCAAGAAAGGCGACAAGAUAGUGAGCGACUCGCAGGAGCGGGCAUUUUGGAGGGUCUACCGACCGCCACCUGGUUGUCUCAGUAGCCUGGAAGCCGUGCCCGUACCCACUCGUUUUCGUCCUGGACUUCCACGACCUCCGUCACGCAAACGCACUCUCACCGAUCUGCAACGUGAGGGGGCCCUUCUACGGAACAGUUUGAUACGUACGAGGAUAAAGGUUUCGACUGCGAUCGAAAAUUUUAAAUCAUACUUCGAAACGUACGUGGAAUACGAUCCGAUGUUCGUACAGCCGCAACCUUCCAAUCCAUGGAUCACCGACGAUCAUACGUUUUGGCAACUGAAUAGUAGCUUAGUGGACGUUCCUACAGAGAAGCGUGUUAAACGAUGGGCGCUGUCGAUGGAAGAGCUUAUGUCUGAUCCUACAGGUUUACAAGAAUUCACGAAUUAUUUAAGAAAGGAGUACAGCCACGAGAAUAUAAGAUUUUGGCUGGCGGUCAAAGAUCUCAGGCACAGUUUUCAAGCACAAAUACCUGACAAAGUCAACGAAAUUUUUAGAGAAUUCUUGGCACCCGGAGCUCCGUGCGAAAUCAACAUAGACGGGAAAACGAUGGAGAAGGUCCAUCAGGAGAUGAAAAAUCCGAGCAGAUUUACAUUUGAUUCCGCCGCGGAGCAUGUAUAUACGCUACUGCUGAAGAAGGACUGCUACCCUAGAUUUAUUCGUUCCGAUCAAUAUCGUAAUCUCUUAGCUGCCGGCGUGCAACCUCUGCAGAAAAAGAGAUUUUUCAACUUCGGUGGCCAAGCCAAGAAGAAAGUUUCCUCCACUUCGACGCCAACGUCCAGCACGUUGCAGCAGGCUAGUAUAGGUGGCAGACGAAGAGGAAGCGACCGGAGCCUGUCCGGAAGCGCCCACGAGCUCGCGGUGUGCGGCGUACGCGACGUCACUUCCGCGCCGCGAGUCCCGCACUCCCACAGCCAGUCGAAUCUCACCGACAUCCCAUACAGGGGAGAUCUACCACGACUCGUAAAGAUGCCUUCGAGGCCUAGUCCACGUAGUAUUCAGGAUGCUGGCGCGACGGAAGCGGCAGUUCGCCCUACGGACGACGUGUGCCCGUGGGAGGCCGUGCCGGGCCCGAGCACGGAACACGGGGACGGCGUGUCCUCUGGCAGGACAGCGUCAGCUGAUCAGGCCCGACACGUGUGGGACAGCGGCGGUCACGCGACGAUCGGCCACUCCGCCGAGGGCACGCGCGCCUCCCGGAAGAACUCGGCGCAGCUGGACUCGUGCAGCUCGUCGUCGGACGUCAGCCUUGCUAUCGCGGACGUCUCCGAACGGCUGCGGAAGUCGUGUAGUUUGCAGCAUAGCGGUAGCAUAGGUACAUCAGGCCCCGGCAUGAUAACGCGAAACUACUCCACCUGCUCGGCGAGCGGCCGCAUCAGGCUGGCCGAGAUAGGUCGCGCGUCCGUGUCGUCCUGCAAUUAUCCGUCGCCCCAGCAGUCAUUCGAGUACUCCCACGCGGUGGUCGAAAAGGUGGAAGAGAGAUUAUCGUCCCUGGAGAAGAUCGUGCCCGAGGAGGAAACCGUCGCGGAGGAAGCCGUCGUCGUCAAGGAGAGCCAGCCGAGUCCUAAGACGAAGGCACCCUUGAUCAGCAUCAGCGCGAUCGUAGGCGAUCUGCCGAGUGACAACUCCACGAUGGAGAACGCCGACGAGGACGCGAGCGAGAGCUGCACGGCGAGGGACGCGGGGGAGAUCGUCGCCGAGGAGAGAGCGAGAGGCGAGGACUCGCGGGCCGACACCGGGGCGGACGUGUCGCCGGUGGCCGAGGAGCCGGCGACGACCGAGGAGCUGCCCGAGGAGGCGCAGGUCGUGCCUGUCUGGGAACCGGACGCCCAACAGCAGGACCGACCGGCGGCGGAGCAGGCAGGGUCUCGGGAGAAGCGUGACAAUAAUGUUAACGAAGUAUGCCCGUGGGAGGACGAGGAAAACUGUAGAGUGGAUGCACCCUAUGUAAAAACCUAUGCGACUUUAGGUUACUUGUAAUUUGUCGUUGAUAUUAAAUCUUGCAUUUUACAUUUACAACAUUCACAAAUUCGAUUUCCACUUUUAAUCCACUUUACUGUGCUCGCGUGUCCAGACCCCUCGCGCGACGAAGCUUCGAUCGUUGCGUUAAUUAAGCGAAGACACAACAAGGCAUCUCUCUUUUCAAGGGAUAGAGAUUUUACUUAACGCGGCAAGCAUUGAAGGAUUUUAAUAAGACACGAGUGCACUAGUAUAUCGGCCCCACGGGUAUCGAGUAUAAUAUUCGUAUAUACUGCAGAUGGAUUUUCACGAUGUUGCGUCGGUAAUCACGAUGUUGCGUGCACACGGCAAAGAUUGCGAGAGCAGUUCGUUCGAUAGAAUCGACAACGCGAAAAUAUAUAUGUCGCGAGGACAAGAAGAAAAAACGAGCAUCGACGUCUAGUCUCUAUAACUUUGCAUCGAGUCACUAUUUAUAUAUUGUAACGUAUGGCCUAACGAUCCGAUCUCGUUUGCUCGGGAUCGUCAAGAGGGAUCCGCGUCGGAUUCGUUUAGAUUCUCGACUCACGAUCAAAAGGACUUAGAGCUCUCUCUUUCCGAUUACCUUAGAGUUAUUUAAUCUCUACCUGUUUGUACCAUCCUCGGUAAUACGCGAGUCGCAUUGAAAAAAAGAAAAAAAAAAGAAAAAAAAAUACAAAUAAGAUUAUUUGUGCGAAGGGAAAGGGAUCGGGCGUUAUUAUUUAAAAAUAGUGCGCAGUCUCCAGUGUUGUUCGUAGAUUAACGUAGAUUAACGUAGACUAGCAAAAUACCGUAGAAGAUCGCGUCGACGAAAUAGAUCGUUAUAGAGAUCGUCUUUCUGUCUGUGUUGAGUAAAGGGUUCGAACGGCGACGUGCCGCCGUUCGAGCGGAGUAACAAGUAAAUUCGCGAGUGCAGCGCGGAUUGGGAACUCCGUUACUCGCUCAGUUUGUAUCACGUGCAAACGCGCGCUCGUAGGGUGCCAGUCAAACCUGAGCCAUUUGGCCGCUCUCCAUGGUCGCGCUUUUCCCGGAUACUCGGCUUUUCCGCGCGCGAGUCGCACACCUCGGCGCGAGCUCUACGUUCCGAUAUCCCCCGACAUAUUACGUUACAGAACGCGAUUCGAUUACGUUCCCCCUCCCCUCGGGGGGACGUAAUUGGCUCUCUCUAAUUAACCCCGAACUUUGCGACUGACGAUGUCGCAUCGAUGAUAUCGCAAUUACUCUCUCGAAUUUACCUUGUUUAUCAACCCGAGAUAUAUGUACAUUGUGCAUCCCAAUGUGCGCCGCGCGUUACGUUAUUUAAAAACAAGUGCACGUCUUCGUCUUACACUUAGAUUUAUCGCCUAGAGUUUAGCGUGUCUUACGCAGUGUCUUAUGAGCGUUCGAUAAUAAUUAUUGACAAAUUAUCGUGACCUGAUAUAUCUUAAGUGUCUAUUUCGUGUUACAGUUCGCCAUUCGGUCGUAAUCGCGUCGCAUUUGAUUGAUCGAUCGGCGAUUACGGCGACUUCGUGGCACUUUCGCUCGUCGAUCCUCGCUCGAGCGAAUUAAUGACAAAAAAAAAGAGUAAAAAAAAUAUAUUCGCGCGAAGUCUAAAUAAAUAUUGAUAUCGGAAUCUCGCCCGUCGCUGUCGGAUCUCUGAUUCUGUUACUGCCCCAGGAUCUCCGAUCCGACGCUAGAAAUCGCAGGAGAGGCUAUACUUAUAAAAAAAAAAAUUAAAAUGCAUCGUGCUCUUACCUGUAAUCUUAUCGGUGUCUUUUCGUGCAUAGGUUUAAGAUUGAGAUACACAACUAUUACACAAAUUACCGACGACAUGUUUGUCUCUCGCGUUCAAUCACGAACUUUACGACGAUUCUGACGGCCAAACCCUCGUUUUUUUUUUCACAACAAGAGGGAAAGGAUAAUUUAACUGUGACGAGAAACGAAUAGAACGAUUGCCUAAUUACACUGCUGCACACUUUACACGAAAAGAUGGAAAACGAACGAACGAUGGAGGAAAAAAAAACACGUGACGGUUCUAAUGCGAGAUAGUUUUUCUAACGACUGAAUAUCGAAUCUUUAGAUGACGAUUCAUCUUGAAAGUCCUUCGAUUUAUAAGGAUGCAUUUGCGUUUUAUUUUCUACAUGCAAUAGCGAGUAUACAAAGAAAAAAAAAAGCAAAGUAACCUGCAUUGACAAUUAUUUGAGUGCAACGAGCCGACGGUCUGGACACGCGAGUGUAAUUCAUAAGGACUCUAAAGGAAGAAAAAAAAGUAUUCACGACGAUCGCGUACUGUUAAUUCAGCAGCUCAACUUAAGUAUAUCGUAAAAGUUCUUACGAUAGGUUAGCCGAUAAUAAGACUAGAGUAUAAUAAAACACAUGUCCCGUGAUUGAGGUAUAUAAGAAAAUUAAGAUGAUAUAUAUACUAUACUACCGUACCGAUUUUUUCGUUCGCGCCGUAGCGGUAACGAAUUACUUUUUCGAUUCGCCCGCGUAAAAUUCUAUAUAUACCGUACGGAGCCGAGCGAUAAAAAGUGCGCUGUGUUAGAGACAAAUCUUUUGGGGAAGACACGGAAGACGAGUGAACUCGGACGCUGGAGAAAACGCGAAUUCUAAGCAGCAGAGGAGCAAGCCAUGGAGCAAAUCAAAAGAAAAAAUAAUAAUAAACGUUACUCGCCUAAGAGGACGCUAUAUUCUGUGUGUAAAUAAUUUCCGAAUAUCAUCGCGUAUAUAUAUAUAUACAUAUAAAAAUAAAUAUAUAUUCGCUCUCUUUCGAAUCUUGGAAAAUAUAUUAUAUAUAUAUUCAUCGCGCAAGCCAAAGACCCUCUUCUCUCUCUCAUCGCGUCGCACAACGCGGAGAUGCGUGCAAAAAAGAGCUUCGGCAAGCUCUAUACAUCCUUCUCGUGCUCUGUUGCCGAGGAAUUUUACAUCGUCGAGAGAGCUUUUCCCCUGACGCUUCGCAGAAUGAAUCAAACGAGAUAGAAUAAUUUUUACUGUUGUUUAUCAAAUCGCAACCAACGAUCACACCGUAGCCACUUAGAAGUACUGCGUAUAUAAUAUAAAUAUAACUUCUCGAGCCUUAGAGUUGUAAUACCUCAAUAUGUGCUGGCCGACUGGUAAAUUGUGUGACAAAAUAAAUCAUACAGUUUUUCUAAGUGUAAGCUAUAUCUCGCGACUGUAGCGAUUGUACGUGCGGCAUUAUUCGAUUUUACAUCGUGAUCGAAUCACGAUCUCUCGACGUGACGCAGAAAAAAUAAGCGUAUAUAUUUAGCCGAUCGGCAACAGAGCCGCGACGGACCGACCUCGAGCGCAUCCGUCAUGCCGCAUUUUGUAUUAAAAAAACCCCUUGAAACCGCGACGUUUCUUGGCGUGUUUACGUCGAUAUUAUACAUUUUUAGCAUGCCAUCUUGUCAAGAAAUGCAAGUUCAGCUCGGAAAGUUUCGUCGUUAAAUAAUGUUUAAUAUAAUGCGCUUUCUGAAACACAUAAGUAUAUAUAAUGUAUAUCUCUUUGCUAGUCCGACGAUUGCGAAUUUGACUCCUGAGCGAGGGGUGUGGCGAUUAAUUUUCUGAGAGUUUACGGUCCGAAUUCGAAAGGAGGAGUAGCACUAUAUACUUGUACGAUACGACGGCACGGGGAGGAAGGGGGGAAGGGGAAGAAAAAAAAUGUGAUUAGCUCGCAUUAAUUAGCUGAUAUCGUAGACGAAACGGUAGAUACGAAAUAAAGUCCAGAGUAUCUUUCUAAAAUAGUAUAUAUCGCUAUAUAUAUAUGAAAUAUUAUUGCGCAAUGAGAAAAUUAACUUGCAUAAAUUAUUUGUGUUUUGCAAGUUGCACUUUUUGAAAAGUCUGCGAGAUCCGGUGCCACUGCGUAUACAUCGUAUGACAUUAUUUUAUACAGCGUUUCUAAGCGUUUUUUCGUUUUAUAGUAUGUUUUCGCGAUGUUCGAGCAGAAUUGUAAAUAUUGUUGAAAUAGUAUUUAUGUACGUUUGUCGCAUGCAUUUAUAUAAAUUGCAAUUAUAUUUUUAUCUAGAUGUAAACAAAAAAAGUGAGCAAGUGCGACACUCUCCUAAGUAAACGCCAAUAAAUGCUGUCGCGUUUAUUACGGAAAGUGUGAGAAAAUGAUUUCAAUUUGCAAUCCUCGAAAGAAAAUAUAAUAAUUAUUAUCGUCGUAAAAGAAAAAGAUUAAAAAAAAAAAACCAAUGUACUACAUGGAUAUUAUGCCCGAAUGGACCGCGGUCCAUUUUUCCUUGGAUUCCCUUGGAUGAAAUACGAGAUAUUUUUAUUAUUAGAAAAAAAAUCUCUAGACGGAUCCGUCGGAUCUAUCGAAAAUUGACGGGACUUAGGCAACAAUGUGCACCAAUUAAGUAACGAAAAAAAAAAAAAGAAAAAGGAAAAAAAAUCAGCGCACCGUCGUUUCAACGCUGAGUUGAGACUUAGUUUGCUCGAAUUGCCGUGAAUCCGAUCGAUCGAGUGAUUCCUACGAUUGUCGAAUUGCGAAGUUACAUAUACGAAAAGGAUGAAGCGAAACGUUUCAGGAGUGUGUUUAUUAUCGCGCGCAGCCUAAGGACGCGAAAUGCCAUCGGUAGACGAGUGAAAAUUGCGCGGUAUCGAUCUGCGACCGUGCUAGAUCUAAGGCCCACGUUUCGGCAUCUGCGAAUCGGCACUCUUGAUCGAUUUCGGUAUACAUGUACUUCGAGGAAAAUUUAUGGGGUUCUCAGGUCUACGCGGGCGUGUAUGAUCGAUCAGUUAGCCGCGCUCGAAACGAUUACGGAAAAAUCCACCGGGAUUCGCCUGGGAAAUGACAUGCAUCAAUCGACGCGCCGAUCGACCGAGGCGAUCCGAGGAUUCGCGGAAUUCCCGCGAUUCCGCGGAUCUCCCGGGGAAGCCCGACUUUUACGCGUUCUCGAUGACCGAUGGUGGGAGACGAAUGUCGAGCGUAUAGAUUAACGUGAAGGAUUCACGAUUCAUCAAUCUCACUGUCCUCUCUCCUAAAAUUGCAAUUCCGCACGCAAGACACACACGUGGUGGCGCAAAUAUUACAUUCACACGAAGCCUAAAGACGACGAGGAGACACGCGCGCUAGUUGACAAUAGUGAUAAAACGCGUGUAAGUCGCGUCGCUGAAUUUGCGUGGAACGGGUGAAAGGGCGAGAAAGCGAAUUACUCUCAAGAUCGCCUCCAAUUUACGCCCUCCCCCCUUCUCCUCAUCCUCCUCCCUCGUCACCGCCGCCCUCGUUUCCUAAUCGAUUAACUUGUCGCGUUGGAAGAGAAUCGAUGUCGUUCCGAUUAACUCCGCCUCAAUUCCGCGAUCGGGUUCCGCGAGGGUAAAUCCCGAUCGCGAUAAAUUGCGAUUUAAUUUUUCGUCAAAAAUAUAUAAAGGGGAGAGAAACCUUUUACGCCUCCGCGCGCGCCCUAACGAGCGUUUAUUCGAUCAACAUCAAACACACGCGCGACUCUAAAAUGUGCGCUUUAGAAGAGUAUAGAGACGUCUCGUUUAAAUUGCACUGCCAGCCAAACGAUAGUUGAAACAAAAAAAAAA